AUGGCAUCCGAAACCCUCCCCAAGCCUUCGGGAACCCUCCGAAGGGUUCGCUGGAAGCCUUACUGCUCCUUCGGCCGUCCAGGCAAAACCAGUCUGCCCCGUCGAAGUUCCCAAUUCUCUUUCGCGGCACCAAUUGCAAGCGCUGAUCCUGUCUCUUCCGGGGACGGGGCGGGGGUUUUCCCGCGCUCGCCACCGCCUCUCGCCCAGUCCGACCAGUUCGUCAAGAAGGCAGUGGUUGAGGGGCUUGCCUUACUUGACUUGGGCGUGUCUCCCUAUUCUGGAGAUGUCUUUCAUGAAACUCCACUAAUAAUAUAUCUGUUUCACUUCCUGGUUGAUUAUGCUGAACUAGUAUUUAUGAUAACAGACAUGCUGACUGCUGUAGCCCUCUAUUUGGCCAUUCAGGACUACAACAAAGUGCUGUUUAAAAAGCAAAAGCUACUAAUAGAAUUGAAUAAAUAUGCACCUGAUGCAACUGAACUUAUCCAGACUCCCAUGGAAAUGUACUAUAUUCCUCUCAAGGUAGCACUGUUUUAUCUUUUAAAUCCAUACACUGUGAUGUCUUGUGUUGCAAAGUCCACUUGUGCUAUCAACAAUGCUGUAAUUGCAUUCUUCAUUUUGGCAACAAUAAAAGGUAGUGCCUUCCUAAGUGCCAUAUUUCUCGCUGUAGCAACGUACCAAUCCUUGUACCCACUCACUUUGUUUGCACCAGCCCUUCUGUAUUUAUUACAGCGGCAGUUCAUACCAGUGAAAAUGAAAAACAAAGACUUCUGGCUCUAUACCAUACAGUAUACAGGACUGUAUUUGGGAAGUCUGAUUGUAAUUAUUUGCCUGUCAUUCUUCCUUCUCAACUCUUGGGAUUUUAUUCCAUCUGUUUAUGGUUUCAUACUUUCUGUUCCAGACCUGACUCCCAAUGUUGGCCUCUUUUGGUACUUUUUUGCUGAAAUGUUUGAGCACUUCAGCCUCUUUUUUGUAUGCGUAUUUCAGAUCAAUGUCUUCUUCUACACCAUUCCCCUGGCAGUGAAACUAAAGGAGCACCCCAUGUUCUUCAUGUUUGUUCAGCUUGCCAUCAUUUCCAUCUUCAAGUCCUAUCCAACUGUAGGAGAUAUUGCCCUCUACAUGGCUUUCCUUCCACUCUGGAGCCACCUCUAUCAAUUCCUACGGAACGUCUUCAUCCUUUCCUGUGUACUCAUUGUCUGUUCCCUGCUCUUCCCUGUUUUAUGGCAUCUCUGGAUUUACGCAGGAAGCGCAAACUCAAAUUUCUAUUAUGCCAUCACGUUGACAUUCAACGUAGGACAGAUCUUACUCAUCUCAGAUUAUUUCUAUGCAUAUCUACAGAGGGAAUACUACCUCACUCAUGGGAUCUUCUUAAUAAGAAAAGACAGGACAGACCCCAUGCUGGUUCUCAAAUAAAGCUGAUUUAAGAAACAGAUUCCUUUGAGAAACAGACAACAUUUGAAUGGGUAGGUCUGAUUUUUAGGAAGAUUUUUUUUUUUUUUUUU